AUGGCGUCCUCACGCAGUCAGGACUCAGAUGCGCCCAACCCUUCAGCACGGCUCGAGGAGAUUUUGAACGACAAAAUACGCAUCCAAGAGCUACCUGACUCAGAUCAGGAAUACGAAGAUAUAUCACCAGAAGAGGAGGCACACAUGGCGUACCUCGAGAGUGUAAAAAUACCCAUCGUGGACACUUUCCAGACCGAUUCGUCCGAGGCACAGGAUGAGACGCUCGAAGCUGUUCUACCGUUCCUGGAGGGUAACCCCAACGACUACCCACUGAACGAAUUCGGUAUUCCGCAUCUACAAAAAGAAAAACAUAUCAAGUUCUUGCAGAAAGCGCUAGGAGACUAUCCGGCGCCAUUCGCUAUGAUGGACGCUUCAAGGCCGUGGAUCGUCUAUUGGAGCUUGCAGGGCCUGAGUGUCUUGGGCUACCCCAUACAUGAAUAUGGCGAAAGAGUCAUCCAUACCUUCAAACUAGCACAACACCCGAAUGGCGGCUACGGCGGCAACUACGGGCAUCUCCCUCAUCUAGCCGCGACAUAUGCCGCGGUCCUCUCCAUCGUCAUGGUCUCGUACCCUAACAAACCCUCAACCUACGACUCCAUCAAUCGCAAGACCCUCUGGCACUUCCUAGGCCAACUGAAGCAAGCCGAUGGUGGUUUCAACAUGACGAGCGGCGGCGAAGAAGACAUCCGCGGCGCCUACUGCGCCCUCAUCGUCCUAUCCCUCCUCGACCUCCCCAUCGAGCUCCCACCAGACGCUCCCGCCCGCAAACAAGGACUCACCACCUUCCUAGACAACCUAGGCUCCUGGAUCAGCAAAUGCCAGGCCUUCGACGGCGGCAUAAGCGCCGCCCCGGGCAACGAAGCCCACGGCGCCUACGCCUUCUGCGGCCUAGGCGCUCUCUCCAUUCUCGGCGCCCCCACAGAUACCCUCCACAAGUACCUGGACAUGAACCGCCUGAUACACUGGCUGUCAGCGCGGCAGUGCGCCCCCGAAGGCGGCUACAACGGGCGCACAAACAAGCUCGUCGACGGCUGCUACUCCCACUGGGUCGGCGGCUGCUGGGCCCUCGUCGAAGCUGCCAUACCGCCUAAGGACCCGCACUCUACCAUUUGGAACCGCGACGCUCUCGCGAGGUAUAUUUUGGCAGCGGCGCAGUUUCCUAAGGGGGGGCUGGUGGAUAAGCCGGGGAAGAGACCGGAUGCGUAUCAUACGUGUUAUAAUCUUGCGGGGUUGAGCGCCGCACAGCAUAAGUAUAUUUACGAUGCUAAGAGGGAUACGGUAUCUAAUAAUCUGGAUGCGCCGUUUCACUGGUACGCGAAGGGGAAAUUCGAAGGUGGGACGAAGAUCUGGGCGGAGGAGGAUGAGAUUAAGAACGUGCAUCCGGUGUUUGUCAUUCCGUUUGGGAAGGUGGAGCAGUGUCGGGAGUAUUUUGAGGGGAAGGAUAGGAAGGGGUUUUGGGAUGGAGCUGAGGGUGGUUGA